AUGAAACCAUCUAAACUGCAAGAUCAUCUGAGAAGAUGCCACCCUGAUAAAACAGAGAAAGAUUUGAAAUACUUUCAAACACUCAAAGAUAAAUUUCAGAAGAGACCUACACUGGACAGAAUGUUCGCUUCGACGUCACAAAGAAAUGAUGAUGGUUUGCGGGCGACUUACAAUAUCUCGUUACUUAUAGCAAAAUCCGAAAAACAGCAUACUAUCUGA